AUGGCUACAGUGCAGAUCUGUGUUUGUGGCGAUGAGGGAACUGGGAAAUCCAGUCUCAUCACUUCCCUGGUGAAGGGUGUAUUCGUGACAAACAAGAUCCAGCCCAUACUUCCUCAGAUUACCAUCCCUCCUACGAUCGGAACCCCCGAAAAUGUCACAACCACCACGGUGGUCGAUACCUCCGCCCUCCCUCAGGAGCGGAACAAUCUGGCGAGAGAGAUUCGAAAAUCGAAUGUGAUAUUGUUGGUCUACUCGGAUCACUACAGUUAUGAGAGAGUUGCGCUUUUCUGGCUGCCGUAUUUCCGGUCCUUAGGAGUCAAUGUACCCGUGGUGCUGUGCGCCAACAAGUCGGACCUUGCUGCAGGUCACAGCGAGUCCCAGGUCAUUGAGGAGGAGAUGCUGCCGUUGAUGGCCGAGUUCAAGGAGAUUGAUUCCUGCAUUCGCACGAGCGCUCGAGAGCAUCGCAAUGUGAACGAAGCCUUCUUCCUCUGCCAGAAAGCGGUCACCCACCCGAUUGCACCGCUGUUCGACUCCAAGGAGUCCUCUCUAAAACCGGCCGCCAUCGCAGCGCUACAGCGCAUCUUCUACCUGAGUGAUAAGGACAGGGACGGCUUUCUUUCAGACAAGGAGAUUGGGGAUUUCCAGAUGAGAUGCUUUGAAAAGCCUUUGAGCGAAGAAGAUCUGAUGCACAUCAAGGAGACUAUCCAGAAGAUAAACCCGCACUCAGUGACGCCAUCUGGCAUUGACUGUCGGGGCUUCCUUCACCUGAAUAAGAUGUAUGCCGAAAAAGGACGUCACGAGACUGUCUGGAUCAUUCUACGAGCGUUCCAAUACACCGACAACCUGUCGCUCCAGGAGAAUUUCCUCCAUCCACGAUUUGAGGUUCCCCCCUACGCAUCUGCCGAGUUGUCUCCCGAGGGUUACCGGUUCUUUGUCAACCUGUUUCUUCUGUCGGACAAAGACAACGAUGGAGGGCUGAACGAUGCUGAAUUGGCGUCCCUUUUUGCGCCGACCCCUGGCUUACCGGCUUCCUGGGCCGAUGGCUCAUUCCCGUCCUCUACGGUGCGGAACGAAGCUGGGCAUGUCACUCUGCAAGGUUGGCUUGCGCAAUGGAGUAUGACCACUUUCACCUCGCCCAAAACCACACUGGAAUACCUCGCCUACCUGGGGUUUGAAUCAUCCGACAGAAGCAAUCCGUCUACUACGGCCGCAUUGAAAGUGACUCGUCCGCGAAAACGGCGGAAGCGCCCUGGACGGGUGGGUAGGAACGUCGUCCUGGGCCACGUGCUAGGGGCUCCGAGCUCGGGCAAGUCCGCCCUUCUUGAUGCCUUCCUAUCGCGCGGAUUUAGUACAACAUAUCACCCCACUAUUCAACCACGAACUGCGGUCAACACGGUGGAGCUUCCUGGAGGCAAGCAAUGCUAUAUGAUAUUGGACGAGCUUGGCGAACUGGAGCCGGCCAUUCUUGAAAACCAAACCAAGCUACUGGACCAGUGCGACGUGAUUGUAUACACCUACGAUUCAUCGGACCCCGAUUCAUUCGCAUACAUCCCGGCGUUGCGAUCCAAGUACCCCCAUCUGGAAGAGCUCCCGAGCGUUUACAUCGCCCUCAAGGCGGAUUUGGACCGAACUACGCAACGGGCCGAGUACCAACCGCACGAGUAUACUGCUAUGUUGAACAUGACCGGUCCGCCGCUCCAUGUCAGUGCCACGUGGAGCUCAAUCCAGGAGGUGUUCGUGCACAUUGCAGAGGCUGCGAUGGAGCCCAGUUUGGCAUUCCCUCGGAGUGAGGAAGACGUUGAGGGGAAAUGGAUGGCAUGGGGGAUUGCUCUGGGAGCCGUAGUUUGCGCCGGAGCAGCGGCCGUGAUGAUCUGGCGGAGAGUGAGUGGAAGUGGGGACUGA